CAGACGUAAAAGAAACGAACAAUUUUCAGGAGUUUUUAGACUUUCGUUCUAAGUUUUCGCUAUCUUUUGUCAACGUUUUUGGAAAGCAGCUAUAUUUACUGUGACCCCUUAAGCUGUUGUAACUUUUGUAAGCAUUGCGUGGCUUUAGAACCCCGAAAACAGUGUUAAAACAGCGCCAAAAUGUCUUUGGCUGACGAACUAUUGGCUGAUUUGGAAGAAGCAGGAGAUGAAGGAGUCGAUAUUGAUUACAGAGACAAUGAUAAUGAUAUCGAGGAAGCUAUGGAGACAACAGACACUGGAGAUUUAGGCUCCAGAUCUGUUUGUUACGUGGCUAAACUAAGAGACAGUGAAGAACUAAGAAGUGUGUUGAGUAGCAUCACAGAGUUCAGUAACCAGUCACGUGACCAAGUAUUUGGUCCUGUAGAGGUCGACCCUGAGUACAUACUAAUUGUUAAAGCUAAUAACUUGAGUGCAGAAGUAGAUAAUGAAAUUAAUAUUAUUCAUAAAUAUUUACGUGAUUUGUACUCCAAACGAUUCCCAGAGCUGGAGUCCCUUGUGCCACAUGCAUUGGAUUACAUUCGAACUGUGGAACUCUUAGGAAAUGACUUAGAAGUAACAAAGGUUGACUUGACAGAUGUCUUACCACCAGCUACAAAAAUGGUAAUAAGUGUGACUGCAUCCACAACGCAAGGAGAAAAACUUGAAGAUGAUGAAGUGGAACGGCUUGCUGAAGCUUGUCAGAUGGUGACAGACUUACUUGAUGCAAAGCUUAAGAUUCUUGAAUAUGUAGAAUCUAGAAUGACAUUCAUUGCUCCUAACCUCUCUUUAAUUGUUGGUGCUUCAACUGCAGCAAAACUGAUGGGUGCAGCAGGCGGUUUGACAGCAUUAUCCAAGAUGCCAGCUUGUAAUGUACUUAUCCUAGGAGCACAGAAAAGAACCUUGUCUGGUUUUUCGAGUGCUGCGGCAAUGCCACAUACUGGGUUCAUUUAUUACAGUGAAAUAGUUCAGAAUAUGCCACCAGAUUUACGAAGGAAAGCUGCUCGAGUUGUUGCAGCCAAGUGCUCUCUUGCAGCAAGAGUUGAUAGUUUCCAUGAGAGCAUUGAUGGUGCCACAGGUCAAGAACUAAAAGAUGAAAUUGAAAAGAAGUUUGAUAAGUGGGUUGAACCUCCUCCAAUUAAAGAAGUUAAAGCACUUCCGAGGCCAGAUGAUGCCCCAAGGAAGAAAAGAGGUGGUCGCAGAGUUAGAAAGAUGAAGGAAAAGUUUGCUGUGACAGAAAUGAGACGACAGGCCAACAGAGUUGAAUUUGGCAAAAUUGGUGAGGAUGUAUAUCAAACAGAUUUGGGGUUCUCUGUUGGAACAUUAGGAAGGAAAGAGAACACUGGGCGUGUGCGUACCCCUGCUGUAGAUAAAAAGACACAAGUAUCUGUAUCAAAGAGACUUCAGCGGAGUCUACAGCAGAGCCAGACAUAUGGGGGACAGUCAACUGUGCGGCGUGCUGCAAGUUCUGUUUCUGGUACAGCUUCAAGUAUUGCAUUUACUCCCAUGCAAGGCCUGGAAAUUGUGAAUCCUCAUGCCGCAGAAAAGAAAGUUGCAGAUGCUAAUGCAAAAUACUUUUCUAGUAGUGCUGGGUUCUUAAAAGUUUCAAAAAAAUAGUAUAGUUAUUAGUGGAUACUGAAUAUUCUAGUUAAACACUAUGGCACAUUCCUACUGUAGUUUAAAUGUUUAUUUAAUGAAUGAUGAAAUCACACUGAUACUAGGAGUAAUGACUGGGAGAUUCUAUAAAGAAAUAUGUAUUCUGAAUACAUUUUUAUUACUCUUAUGCUUUUCAUAUUACAGCAGUGCUUGCUUUUAAAAGUCUGUAAAUACUGGCAGAUGAUAUCUUAUGUGAUUUAUUUGCUGUUUAGAUGUCUAUCUUUGGAAUUAAAAAUGUGAUGUGUACAGUAAUAAUAAACAAUAAUAAACUUCA